AUGGCUCAACUGCCGUCCGAGGUCAUGGGCCAGUGUGUUGCUAUUCUUCUCUACAGCUGGUUUUGCCUGGCCGUCGGCUUGUUCUUGCUGUGGAUCGUGUGGGUUCAUGAUGAGCGCACGAGCUAUGUCAUCAUGCUGGGGUCUUUCAUGGUCUUGCACACAUUUACCUCAAUCAUCCAGCAAAUACACACCAUCACCUGGUGGAACGAUAUCAAGACGGCACAAUGGCAGAAUGUCGUUGCCAAUGUGGGGAAUCCUGAGCUCAACAUCACGGGUGCAUCAACCGGUCUGGAUUUAGUGCUGUUUUACAUUCGUGGGUUGCUUUGUGGUCGACUACCGGGAGCGCAUACUGAUGGUUGCACAGAGUACUAUUGCUACAAUGUAGAAUCACUACUCGUUGUCUUUUGGGCUGUAGAGCUGGCCAACAGUAUCUUCCAGCUACGCAUCACCAAAAUGUACCGGUUCCACGCCUCUCUGAUUGCCAAGGGUACCGCGGCCGUGAUUCCGGCCGUGUUUAUGGUUUUGCUUCGGUUCAGCAAGAUUCAGGCCAGUACCGUCGGAGCACUUGCUAACAAGCCCCCAGUGAUCGCUUGCUUCCUGGCCGGCAGCUUGAUCUUGUUGUCGAUUCUUGGCAAAUACAUUCACUCGCGGGUAAUGGUGUUGUCAUGGGACGUUCGGAAGAAUAUCUACGACAGGUGGUUGGUGUUGCGGUUCACCGUUGCUUUCAUCGCCUUGAGUGCCGGGAGAGCCGUUACCGACUUUGUUCUUUACAUCCCUGGAGUUACGGCGCCGGUACUGGCUUAUUUGGUGUUUGGAACAACGAGGACCUUUCGAGAUUAUGCCUGGUCCGUACUUGCGCCGCGGUGGUUGCAGGCGAAGCGAGAGGCACGCAAGCAGGCCAGGAAGAAGCCCAGCGUCGUGAUCGGUGCGAGGGAGUUGGCCAUCAUCAGCCAGGAGCAGGCAAACAAAGCGGGCCGUGAUUUGGAAUCAGGACUUCGUCAUUACGAGGUCAGCGUCACUGCCGGGAGGGAUAGGGCGAACAGCAACGCUGGGAGGGAAAGGUCAUUUAGCAACGCCGGGAGGGAUAGGGCGUAUAGCAAUGCUGGGAGGAUGAGGGGGAACAGCAUAAGGCUGCAGAACCUCAAUUCUUCCCACAACCACAUUGUGGGUGCGAUGAAGGAUAAGGACUCGGAUGAGGAUGAAUGGCCGAUUAUGAAGCAUGAGUCCAUUCAGGUCACGACCGAAAUCGACCGAAGCUCUGGCCACUCUAGUCAGUGGAAGGAUAUGAUGGACAAGGAUCGGAGGAUAUGA